UGUAUUCCGUCGGAAGAUGACAGACGAUGAUAAUGAUUUGUUAGCAAAAAUCCAACAGUAGAGAAAUGUUAAUAUAUUAUUAAAGAACAAGACCAAGCUCUGCAGACAUCUCAACAGAAGCAGCCGGACGUUGUGUCAGUCUGAGCCAAUCAGAAUCCAGGGUGUCCCGUGGCACGGUGUGAGCGUUCUGACUUUCGUUCAGAGUGAGCAGUGCCAAUGAGCAGAGAAAUCCAGAAAUACGUGAAAUGCCAGAAGCUCUUGGUGAAACAGAAUGUGAUCUUUAUUGCGGAAUCGGACGCUCGGCUUCGGGCGGAGCGCGUUCACUGUGAGCGUCAUGCCCUAGAACCAGCACCGGAGCAGAAGGCACUGGACACGGAGUCUGACCCCAUCUUAGAUCGAGGUAUUGUACAAGGUGCGUCAGAGCAGAAGAUCCAGGAUCCACGCUUGCUCAGUCGUCCAGUGGUUAUACUGCAGAGGUUAAAGAUCAGUCCAAGGGAUCACAAUCACAAGACGUCACCCAGCGAGAAGAUCAAAAAAUCCCAAAUUAUCCGGCUUCAGAUCAACACGGGAUCUGAGAGCUUUGUCUGCACGGGAUAUAGUCUAGUUCCUUAUGGAUCGGCUAUAAAGACAAGAAAUAAAACCAUAAAAGGUGUUUUUAAUCCAAGUUGUGAGGGGGAAUGUGGACGGAGAUUAUACCAGGAAGCCCAGCUUGGAUCUCACUGGAAAUCUGAUUUGGACAAACGAACUUCAGCUCUCCCUGAUCUCCGUAAAAGCCCCACCCCAAAGGGGACAUUAAACGCCAGUUCAAGAACACAACGGAUACCCAGACUGCUUGAAUGUGCUGAAUGCGGAAGAAAGUUUGUUUUCAGAUACAAUUUAAAGUAUCAUAUGAGAUCUCAUACUGGGGAAACAAACCAUGUAACGUAUACAAAAUCCACUCAGCCCAGGAAAUGUGUAAAGAGUACGACAAGGAAAACCCUCCACAGAACUGUUAAACCAUUUGUAUGUACAAAGUGCGAGAGACGAUUCCACCGCAUGGUGACCCUUCGAACGCACCAGCGAAUCCACGCAGGGAGAAUCUUUACCUGUACUAAAUGUGCAAAAUGUUUCUCACACAGGGCGAUUCUUUUGGCUCAUCAAUGGCUUCACACCGGUAAAAAGCCUUUUUACUGCACUCGGUGCAAUAAAAGCUUCUUACACAGGAGUUUUCUCCAGAAACAUCAAAAAGUCCACGCAAGGAAGAAGCCUUUCAUCUGCUCAGAAUGUGGGAAACAGUUUAGUAGGAAAACUCGAUACACUGAACACAUGUCGUGUCACACUGGGAAGAAGACUUAUUCCUGUACAGAGUGUGGGAAGUCCUUCAACAAUGAGAAAGCACUUUUCAUCCACCUACGGUUUCACUCUAAGGGGACACCAUAUCUCUGUACUAUGUGUGGGAAACACUUUACCCAGUUUGGAAAUUACAUUUUACACUGCUCACAGCACUCCACACAGAAACCAUUCUCCUGCUCGAAGUGUGAGGAGGAAUUUGCCACCAAACUUGAACUUACAAGACACUGUUCUGUCCACACCAGGGAGAAACCAUUUGUGUGCACUGAGUGUGGCCAACAGUUUGCACUCCACGAGAAUCUUUUAUCUCAUGAGCUACUUCACACAAAAGAGAAAUCCUUUACCUGCACAGAUUGUGGGAAAUGCUUCCGAAAGAAAGUCGAUCUUCAAUCCCACCAGCUGAAUCACACCGAGAUUAAGUAUUUUGAGUGCACUGAGUGUGGGAGAAGGUUUAAUUCGACAAACAGCCUUCUUCGACACCAGUUAAUUCACACCGGUGAAAGGCCCUAUAUCUGUACCGAAUGUGGGGAACGUUUCAUACGGAAGAGGAGUCUGGAUGCUCACAUUCAGAUUCACACGGAACUUCCCCGAAAGAAAAAUGUUCUUCUCAACCUUCAGCAGGUCAACGCUGACCUUAGCACUACCUUUCAGACAAACAAAGUUGAGUCCUUUACUUGUACUCAGUGUGGGAGAAGCUUCAGUCGCAGACCCCUCCUCCGUCUCCACCAGUUAAUACACACCAGGACGAGGCGCUAUGUUUGUAAGGAAUGUGGUAAGAGGUACAGACAGAAGAAGAGCCUUGAUGCUCACAUACAGAUUCACACAAGAAAAGCACAGUUUUCACGUGGAAAGUGUGAUAAAAAGAUCUUGCCAAUCAGGGAUCUACACAGCCUACAAAAUGUUCAAACAUGGGUAAAGCCUUUGGCCUGGAACAAUUGUUAAAUAGGCAUCUUGCAGAAUCAAAAUCUCAAACCAUCAUGGGACUCUUUCUGGGAAAAACCAUGUGGAUACGAAGGGUGCCAGGAAAGGGACUUAUUGACGAGUUUCAUCUUCAGCUUAAUUUAAUGUUGGAACUUCUGUUUAAUGUCAGGGAUUCUUGCCGACUUGGAAUGACUAGGAAGAUAUUAAAAUGAAUCUGAUACUGUCUAUGUGAUAAGAAUUCCUUAUGGAAUCCGAGAAAGUUACCCGUCAGAUCAGUGCCACCCUUUUGCUGAGCCAUCUUCUAUUAAUGCUCUAUAUGUAAAGCACCCUGUGCCCGGGUCUGGAUGCUGAAAUCCGAUUUAUUCUGCGUUUAGUGAUAUUUAUAACUCGGACUUCCAGUGAUCUAAUUCCCCUCUGUGCGCACUUUGCGGAGCCUCCCGUGUGAGCUGGGACAUGUCCUAGACUGCCGUAUUUUGAGUCCCCAAGCAAUGUCCUGGCACAUUGUGUAAACCCCUCCCCCCCCCCCUUCUGCCAUUCCCAUAAUGCCCUCCGGACUCCCAAUAAUGUGUGAACUAAAUGCAUGUUGUUAUUAUUAUUAUUAUUAUUAAUAUUAUUUCUAUUUGUUCAUCUUGUUUUUUGGUACAGACAUUUUGGAUUCUCAGGUGGCUGUUUUUUUCUGUCCGAUGACCAUUAUUGCUAUGUAUGCAGAUACCCAAGCAGUAAUAGGCCGUGCAGUCAUUAUUGCUAUGUAUGCAGAUACCCAAGCAGUAAUAGGCCGUGCAGUCAUUAUUGCUAUGUAUGCAGAUAUCCAAGCAGUAAUAGGCCGUGCAGUCAUUAUUGCUAUGUAUACAGAUACCCAAGCAGUAAUAGGCCGUGCAGUCAUUAUUGCUAUGUAUACAGAUACCCAAGCAGUAAUAGGCCGUGCAGUCAUUAUUGCUAUGUAUGCAGAUACCCAAGCAGUAAUAGGCCGUGCAGUCAUUAUUGCUAUGUAUGCAGAUAUCCAAGCAGUAAUAGGCCGUGCAGUCAUUAUUGCUAUGUAUACAGAUACCCAAGCAGUAAUAGGCCGUGCAGUCAUUAUUGCUAUGUAUGCAGAUACCCAAGCAGUAAUAGGCCGUGCAGUCAUUAUUGCUAUGUAUACAGAUACCCAAGCAGUAAUAGGCCGUGCAGUCAUUAUUGCUAUGUAUGCAGAUACCCAAGCAGUAAUAGGCUGUGCAGUAAUAGCCCGUGUGGUCAUUAUUAAUCUUUAUUUGCCAACUGACCGGUUUUAGUCCUGUGUUUGCACUCCUCAUCCUCACUCUGAUACUGUUUUAUUCUCCCUCUGGUUUGGCAGAAUAGCGAUACUUCUAACUAAGCCUAUGCAAUUCUCUUUUAAUUCUAAUGAAAUAAAUGGAAUUAUUUCUGAUAUUGUGUAAUGCGGGCUCCUUUAUAUUUUCCUAGGUUCGUGGACUGGCAUGUGAGAUAUUUAUUGUUUGCAAACCAAAGUGAUUUUCUAGGUCCCAAUUGGAGACAAGUUCGAUUUAACAAUCCUGCUCAGCUGUUGGCAAUCGUGCCUUUUUCUAGAUAAUGUGAUAUUCAGCGUGUAUUGAGCUCAUGUAAUAAAGAUUUAUUCUGAUA